AUGCAUUCUUUAUCACAUUUUAAAAAUAAUAUUUAUGAAUAUUUAGAAGCCUUACCAACAAACACUUUAGAUAGCUUGUACAGAGAACCUGCUACAUGUUUAGCUAUUUUCAGGCUUUUACCACCAUUAGCAAGACAUUUUGUGAUGACAUUAUUAUUUAUACCACCAACUGAAUUAAGUAUUACAAAGGAUGAUUUAAAACUAAUGGUUAAAAAUCAAGAGGAAGCAAUACUCAGAUUUGAGGAUGCAUUAGAAAAAUUGUCAAAAUUACAUAUAUUAAUAGAAAAAGAUGGAAGAAUGAUAAUGAAUCCUCAAUUUCAAACAAGUCAUCAAAACUGUUUAACUGGAGGAGGAGAUCAUCAGAGUUUUGGUACACCAUCUUCAACACAUGGAAGAUAUAUACCAAAUAAUAUAGUAGCAUUUUUAGAUAAUUAUGCUAUGAAACAAUGGGAAGAAAUAUUACAUUUCAUGGUUGGUACAGAAAAUCGGAAUGAGCCAAGUAAAGGUGUUUUAAAUAUAUUAAUCAGAUCACAAUUAAUGAAAGAGCACAAAGGAGAAUAUGAAAUUACCAAUAAAGGAUUUCAAUUUUUAUUACAAGAUGUCAAUACACAAGUUUGGGCAUUUUUAUUACAAUAUUUAGAAUUAGCUGAUCAAGCAUAUUUAAUUGAUAAAUUAACUGAAACUCAAAAAUGGUUACUUGAUGAUUUAAUUAAUUUUGGUUUAGCUUAUAGAAGAAAGAAAACCUCUUCAAGAUAUUAUCCAACAAGAUUGGCUACAACUUUAACAUCGGGAAAUUCAGCUAUUGGAUCCACUAGUUUAGUUGGUGGAUCGUCGUCAUCAUCAUCGUCAUAUGUUACUACUGGUGGAAAUGAAAGCGGAGUUAAUGAUCAAGGAUUCAUCAUUAUUGAAACCAAUUAUAAAUUAUAUGCUUAUACUGAAUCAUUAUUACAGAUUUCAGUUAUAAAAUUAUUUUGUGAAUUGCAAAGUAGAUUUGCAAAUAUGGUAUAUGCUAAUAUAACAAGAGAUAGUAUUAGAUCAGCUUUAAGGCACGGAAUCACUGCUAAUCAAAUAAUAUCGUAUCUAACAAGUCACGCACAUCCACAAAUGAAAAAACAAAUGCCGUUACUACCACCUACAGUUGUAGAUCAAGUUAGAUUAUGGGAGAUAGAACGUAAUAGAUUGUCUAUUGAUGACGGAUAUUUGUAUAAUGAUUUUAGAACUCAAGCAGACUUUGAUAUGCUUUUAAAAUACUGCAGGAAGCUAAAUAUAGUGCUAUGGCAUAGUGAACAAAAGCGUAUGUUUUGUGUAACAGAGAAAGGUCAUGAAUAUGCAAAAAAAUUUAUAAAUAAAAGAAUUGCUCAAAGAAAAGCCGAUGUUGGAAUUUAA